AUGUGUUUCCGCAGUCGCAAAAGCGACAGCGGCGAGGCUCGCUCCCGCGAACUCGAUCGCGUGCUCCGCCAGGAUGAGCGCCGCAUGGCCAAAGAGGUCAAGCUUUUGCUUCUCGGCGCCGGUGAAUCGGGCAAAUCAACUAUCCUGAAACAAAUGAAGCUCAUAUACUCCCAAGGCUUCAGCAAGAGCGAGCGACUCGACUGGAAACCCGUCGUCUUCAACAACAUUGUACAGUCCUUCCGCACGAUCAACGAGGCCAUGUCGGAACUCAACUACGAGUUCGACAAUCCCGACAACGAGAAAUACAUGGCCCGCAUUCUUGUCGACCACGAAAUCAGCCCCGAAGAACUACCGCCCCAAGAAUACCUAGAGCCCAUCAAAAGUCUGUGGCAAGACAAUGGCGUGAAAAAGGCCAUCGCCAAGGGCAAUGAGUAUGCGCUCCACGACAACCUUGCAUACUUCGUCGAAGACAUUGAUCGGAUUUGGGCCGACGGCUACGUUCCCAACGACCAGGAUCUCCUACGCUCAAGAUUACGAACCACGGGCAUCACCGAAACCGAUUUCGACCUUGGUCAGCUAACAUACCGCAUGUUUGACGUCGGCGGCCAACGAUCUGAGCGGAAGAAGUGGAUUCACUGCUUCGAGAACGUCAACUGCCUUCUUUUUCUAGUCGCAAUCAGUGGUUACGACCAGUGUCUGGUAGAAGACAAGGACGGAAACCAAAUGAAUGAGGCUCUGAUGCUCUGGGAAUCAAUAGCCAACUCGCACUGGUUCACGCGCUCGUCAAUGAUUUUAUUUCUCAACAAGAUGGAUCUCUUUCGUGAAAAGCUACCACGCAGCCCCAUUAGCAAGUACGGCUUCACCGACUACCACGGCCCGACGGACGACUACAAGGCUGCCAGCAAGUACUUUCUCGAAAAGUUCAAGGCUUUGAGUCGUAACCCUGAGAAGGAAAUUUACGGCCAUUUUACCAACGCCACCGACACCAAUCUGCUCAAGAUCACCAUGGGCUCGGUGCAAGACAUGAUAAUACAGCGCAACCUAAAGCAGUUGAUACUAUAA